GAUUCCUCCGGCCCAAGUGCAAAACCUUGCACUUUGCUGUGUUGAAUCUCAUUCAGUUUGCCCAGGCUCACCCUUCAGGCCUGUUGAGGUCCCUCUGAAUGGCAUCCCUUCUUUCCACUCGAUCAGAAGCUAGGCGUUGCAUUUGAGCAGGAUGAAGCAAUGAGAUUUUGAGUAGUGCUGCUGAGAAAAGUGUCGCCGGAGGUGAUGGCAUAUCCAGAUCCAGGAUGAUGGACCAAAGCUUGAUAACAAAAAGCGUAGAGUAUGAAAAGUGCUUGGAAGAAAUGAGGGAGCAGCUGCAGAUUUAUCAGGUGCAGAUGAGUGAGAUGAGACAGAAGUUUGAACAGGUCACCACGGAGAACAGGAGUCCUUUGAAUUUCAGGCUGCAUGCAGAGUUGAAAGAGGCUCUUGAGAUGCAGCUGGAUGCUCUUCCUUUUAUGCCCCUGGGAACUGCUAUUCCUGCAGAUGAAGAAAUAGUGAGAAACCUUCAGGAACAGCUCCAACUGACUAAUCAGGAAAAAGAACAAGCAAUAGAGCUCUGGCAGACUGUAUCACAGGAGCUUGAUCAACUCCAGCAGCAACACCAGGAACACAUGACUCAAACACAGAUUCACAUGGCUGAAAGACUGAAACAGCAAGAUCAACUGGCUAACUUUCACCAGCUUACUUCACACCUGCAUGCAGCCAGUGAGAAAACAGAAUUGGAAGAAGAUGUGGUAUCUGCCCAGCAAAGAGAAGCAGCAUCUGACAAACUCCUGCAACAAUUGCAGUCUAGUAUCAAACAAGAUUACAUGUUAGUGUCCAAGAUGCUGAACAAAUGAGAACAGAAAGAACAGCCCUGGAGAAACAAAUCAGAAUGCUUCACACAAAGUGUGCUAAUUUAGAAAGGGAAAAGUAUGAAGCAGUUGCAAGAGUCCAAGAUUGCAUACAGCUGUUAGAAGAAGCUAACCUGCAAAAGAGUCAGGUAAGUCACGAGUGAGGGCAUUUCUUAGAGGUCAGAAAACUUGCAUCACCUGCAGUUACAAAGUGCCCAUUUAUGUACAUGUAGAGGUAUACACACAUAGACAACCAAAUUUCUUUUAUGUCUGUUGUACUAAAAUGAGUAAUGCAGAACAGAGCAAACUUAGGAUACGACCACACAUCAUUUAGUUUUGCCAUACAGUAUAAAUCUUAGUGAAUAUUCAAAAACAAAUUGGGCUGUAGUAAGAUAUUUUUAGCUUUGCAAGCAUUUUUGACAGAAAGAAGUGGCCAGACUAAAGUUAUGGUGUAAAUAAUGUCUCUGAGGUGCUUAGUGAGCAUUUAAGAUAAAUAAGAUAAAUAACAGUCUCAUUACAAACAACAAUUCAGUGUUAUGCUCUAGGAGGAAAAUUCUGAAUUUGCAGGCACUUGCUAAUUUAUUGCUCUGGCUAUUCAUCCUUCAUUUUGCAAAGUGGGCAUUUUAUGAACUAAUAAAUAACACAGCCUAAUGCAUGCAGUUUGUUAACUAAACUGUGGCCUCUCUGGUCUGUAAGAGACUAUAUGAGGGACUAACAGAUUAUCACAAUAAUGCUCCUUUUUUCAUGCUAACAUUGUGAAGCACCUAAGCUAAGCUUACAAAAUGAGAUCAGAAGAAUUCUAAGAGUACUUUGAGAAACACAACACAAACUGAAUGGGAGCAAUUGAAGAGAAUGGGACACAUGAACUGUAAUGUCAUGACCGGAGAACCUCCUACAGACUGAAAUCAGAUCUCCUAGUGACCUUUUUCUCCUUUUAUCCCUCUACAUGACACCUGUUCUCUGUGCCACCUAGGAUUUUUCAUCUCUUCCACUAGGAGUUCUGUAUUUUUAAAAUUUUUCCAGACCAGCAUCUUCUAUUCAAUAGUUGUGUCUUCAUCCUCUCCUGAAAGGGUUCCUUAUUGCACUUUUUUUCUAUAACUCUUAUACAAUCAAUAAGCAUAUAGAGUUUUAAUAAGAUUAAGUAAAAUAAUCUAAGUAAGAUUAUUGCCACAGGAAGAUAAUAAAUGGAAAAUGCUUACCAAUGUUGUAGAUUCACAAUAUUCUCCACAAGGAGAGAUCUCUUGGAAGACAUCCUUCCUCAGUGGCACUCAGUACUUAAUUUAGGAGAGGUGGAACCACUCUCCAUCCCUUCUGAUAGCACAAGUGAAUUACCUCCCAGGGCUGACUCACUGCUUGCCACAGGUGGUCACUCAGAGUUGAGUGAUUCAGCAGUUCCCAUACAAAUUCCCACCAUGCUGGCAUACCAAAGAGCUGUUUGGUUCACUGUUAUCCACCGUGAAAGAGUUUACAUAUGCAUUUCUUAGCUGCUUAUGAAUUUUUACCUUCGGUUUUCUGGGAAGUAACUGACUUAGUCUAUCAACAACAACAACAACAAAAAAAAGUGCUCAGCUCUAUCUAGGAAAACGUGCUUCUGUACAUGUAUUCUAAUUCCUAACAGAGAUCUCUCUGUACAAAAACACUGUAAAUCAGUUACCUGGCCUGUAAUUUUUCAGAGGUGUAAUUGAUUUUGCCUCCUUUAACUUUCUUCAUUGUGAUACAAGCCCGUUAUGAAAGGAUUCAUAAUCAAUAAAGAUUUAAAAUAUUAUAUACAUUUUUGAAACCUUUAAAAUGAGGCUGAUUUGUUCCUUCUCCUUAGUGAUUAUCCAGAAAAGGAAAAAAAAAAAACAUAAACCAACCACCCACAGAGUUGUGUGGAUUACUUAAAACUGCAGUAUUUAAUGUCACACGUGGUUUGGUGCAGGCACAUGAGCCACAAAGCAAAUAACCACUGUCUAUUUGUGACAGUGCUGCACUGAUCAGAAUGUAGAAAUUCAGACAUUUCUCCUGUUUCGUAUUUCAUGUAAUCCCAGUAAAAGAGAAUCUAUCAAAAGCAUAAAGAGUAAAAUGUUAAGCACUGUCAUAUUCCUCUAGGAGUAACAAAUAUUUCCUUUUUUGCAUGAUCAGUUACACGAGAUUCAGAUAUCUUGCUCCUAGUGGACGGCAGCUUUCUAGUAGUCUUACUGUUCUUUUUUAAGACCUUGUUGCAAUUCUUUCUGCUUUUUUUCUAAAUACUCUCCAUUAACGUAAUAUGGAUUGAUAACAUUAAUGUGGUACCAUUUGUCAGCUAUUACAGUCUCCUAUUUUUGUAUACAAGCACCACAUGUGUGCAAAGCAUAUUUGAGGUAGCAGCCUCAAGUUGUGUUGGUGAGACUUAUAUUGUAUAUGAGGAAGAAGCUCUUUGUGGAAAUAGUAGUUAGGCACUGGAACAGGCUGCCCAGAGAGGAGGCAGAGUCGGCACCCCUGCUCAAAAAUUUAUGAGGAUACACCCCAGCUGAGCGGCACGGUGAACACAAUGGAAGGAAGGGCUGCCAUUCAGAGGGACCUCAGCAGACUUGAAAGGUGGGCCCAGGUGAACCUAAUGAGGUUCAACACAGCAAAGUGCAAGAUUCUGCACUUGGGCCGGAGGAAUCCCAGGCAUCCAUACAGACUGGGAGGAGCAGGCCUUGAGAGCUGCCCUGCAGAGAAGGACCUGAGGGUCCUGAUGGAUAAAAAACCUUGGUAUGAGCCAGCAGUGUGCACUUGCAGCUCAGAAAGCAAAUGGUAUCCCGGGCUCCAUCAGAAGAGAGGUGGCCAGCAAGGACAAGGGAGGUGAUUGUCCCUCUCUACUAUGCCCUUGCAAGGCCCCAGCUGGAGUACUGUCUCCAGAUCUUGGGCCCCCAAUACAAGAA